CCCGCGGCGCAUCUACAUCAAACACAAACCAUCCCAGCUUCCCCUUUCUACUGCUUUCUUUCUUUCCCCUCCUACUUAUCAACCAUACGAAUCCGAUACAGAUUGAGAUUGAUAAUGGCUUCUUCGGUUCCAAUCAAUCUAUUCUUCCAACUCUUUUUGCUAACCUCUGUUAUUCAUUUCUCUUCCGCUGCGCGGAUACUCUCUACUCUGGUACAGGAUCAGUCUCAGCUCUUACAAUACCACAAUGGUCCCCUUCUCUCCGGCAAAAUUUCCAUCAAUCUCAUCUGGUAUGGCAAUUUCAAGCCUUCCCAGCGAGCUAUCGUCUCUGAUUUCAUCUCUUCUCUUCCCACUUCGUCGGCAUUAAAGACUACCCAGACUCAACCUUCGGUUGCCACCUGGUGGAAAACCAUUGACAAGUACUACCACCUCUCCUCAUCCUCCUCCUCCUCCUCGAAGAAGCACCCUUCCCUCGUCCUUGAGAUGGGUAAACAGAUCCUGGAUGACAAAUACUCGUUGGGAAAAUCUCUUACAAAUAAGCAAAUCCUAGAAUUGGCAGCGAGAGGAGACCAAAAGAACGCCAUUAACGUCGUGCUGACGGCAUCCGAUGUGGCCGUCCAAGGCUUCUGCUCCAGCAGAUGCGGCACCCAUGGUUCUUCUACGGCUUACAAGAGCUCUGGGUCUGGGGUGAAGGUGAACAACAAGUUUGCAUACAUCUGGGUUGGCAACUCGGAGACUCAGUGUCCGGGUCGAUGUGCCUGGCCGUUCCACCAGCCCAUAUACGGACCACAGAGUCCACCCUUAGUGGCACCAAACAACGACGUCGGCGUGGACGGUAUGGUGAUCAACCUGGCCGGUCUAUUGGCCGGAACUGUGACGAACCCCUUUGGGAACGGUUACUUUCAAGGUCCCGGUGGAGCACCUCUGGAGGCGGCCUCAGCUUGCCCUGGUGUGUACGGCAAAGGGGCAUACCCGGGUUACGCAGGGGAGCUAUUGGUGGAUCCCACAACUGGUGCAAGCUACAAUGCGCACGGUGCAAACGGGAGGAAGUACUUGCUCCCGGCUCUGUUUGAUCCUUCCACUUCUUCCUGCUCCACACCGGUCUAAGUGAGAUUAAUUCAACCUCAAACUCAAACUACAGGAGACAUAACAAACUGAGUUGAGACUUGUGACAUAUAUAUAAAUAUUUAGUGGUAUUAGGGACGAAGGAUAAUGUAAUUCAUUCAAUUUAUUCAUUUGAUUUUUACUAUUGAUGGAAGAGUAUAGCAUAUUGGUUUGUUUUUUACACGAUCGAGUACGUAAUCCAAUUUAUUUUCAUUUUUUGUGUUAA